AUGUCAUCAAGUACAAAUUUCAGUAGCACAUUUACAAAAGAAAGGUGGUGUAAAGGAGACGGUUUCAUUAUCGAGGGUGUUUUAGUUAAACAUAAUAUUCAUACAGUAUUUGUUAAUUGUAAACAACCAUUGACUGAAACCCCUCUUCCAACUAGAUUCGUUGCCAUUGUUUUAGAAUUUGACAAUGGUAUAAAGAGAAAUUGGAACGAACAUGGUAUCGAAUUACCACCAAAAAUGACAAGAUCCACCGCAAUCACUAAGGGCUACCUUAAUAAAUUUGACAGAGUCCAAGCUACCAUCGUCGAUAAAGUUGACUGUGACCAAAUUUGUGCUGCAAUUGCAAAUGGUAAACCAUUACCUGAAAAUUUCCACGACGAAGCUAUUCCAUCAUUACAUCCAAAAAAGAAAAAUCAUCUUGAAUUUUGGGCUGAUGUUGAUAAAUUCUCACAUAAAAUCUUUAAACAAGGUGAUGAAAUUAGAAUUAAAACUAUGGGUAAUUCAAUUUUUGUAGAAUCAAUUGUUAAAAUGGAUCAAAAUAACAUGGCAAAUCUCGCUGGUGAUUCUCAAUUAGGUGAUAGUUUUUCAAAGAAUAUCAUGAAAAGAUAUGAUGAAAUUAAUACAAGCAACCAACCAGAAGAAGAAGAGGAUGACGAUGAAUGGAAAUAA